AUGAAUGGAACCUCAAGACGAUCCAAGUCUUUUGAGUUUGUGCCCGAAUACUCGAAUCAUGGGCCCUUGCGCCUCCAGCACACGAAUUACCACAAACACAACGGGUCUCUGUCAGGCCAACAGCCUAUGAGUCUGCAGACAGACAAUCAGAGCCCAACCUCUUCUUUUUAUCAUCACAGCAACGAGAACAUCCAGUAUCUCCAUGAAAAGUCGCUCGUUCCGCUGUCAAUUCAAACUAGUGCUACCGACUACUCGAUUUUGGAAGAUCUAGAGAAAAUACCAUUAGACGACCCUGUUCCUCUCCCGAGUGCAACAGAGAGCGUUGCGAGCCAAGUCACCCCAGAUCUCGGGUUUACUUCAGAGACUUCGAUGUCCUCAGCGGGAAACUACGUGAGAACAAGCUCUAGCUAUCUGGAGGAUUUUGUCACCACAGAACCAUCGUCCGAGGAAUCAGCGCACAUCGACGACUACCUCAACCAGUAUAUCAAGCUUGAAAUGAUCAGCACACCCAAUGAACACCGUUCUGACGGCUUGGGAAUCAAAUCUCCGCCACAGUUUGCCCAAAAGCUGUUGUCUCCAAAGACUAAUCCUCCACUGAUUUUCAAGCAAGAGGUUAUGUCUCCGACAGCAAAAAAAAUGGCUACGCCCAAACUGAAGCCAAAACCAAAGACUCCACGAGCUCCACCAAAGUCUGCCAACAAAGUGGCCAAAACCUUAUCGACGACACAAAUGGCCACUGCAGCAGCAGCAGCAGCGAUAUCGUCUCAGGCUGCACCGAAAAGAAAACCAAGCGUCUCGUCACUGUCAUCUGCAGCAGCAAUAGCCACCACUACAAUGGCUAGAAAUCCAGCUGCUGCACAGAAGUCGCCAGUUUCCGCAAGAAAACCGCUUUCGUCAACUCCUAAAAAAGCAUCAAAAUCACCAAACCAUUCGAAACAAAAAUCUGGGAGACGAUUCUCGUUCGUGUUUGAAAAUGCUCCCAAAAUGCCAGCUAAUAGCUCGUCCGCAUGUUCGCUCUCUUCAAAUUCGACCAUCUCUUCUAAUUACUCGGCCUCGUCGCCAACUCACAGCAUGGGCUCUCCCACGACCAUCUCGCACCCCGUCAACGCCUCGUCCAAGCCUACUUUCAUUAUCUAUUCGCAGCAGCAUCAAUUCAUCCCCGAGACCGUGCCUAACUAUUCUCGACCUCACUCGCGUCGCAACAGCAUUGCUACCUCCACGUCUUCAGGCGUGACUCCAUUGCAGAGCCCGAUGUCUUCGUCGGUGUCUAAAUUUUCCAAAGCGCCAACAUACUCGUCUUCGGUGUCCUCAGUGUCAAUUUCGAGCACGAAGUACAAAAAAAUGGCCAAAACGUCGCAGUCAAAGCACGUAAUAGAUACCGAUCUGAAACAUAACUCGGAGUUUCAAAAAUCCAUCACCAAGUUCCCUAAAAACAACGUCGUUCCAUUCGAGCCAAAAAUCUACAAGGACAUGAGACAGGGACUGAUGGAAUUCCAACUGCAAGUUCCGCCCAAAUAG